GUCAUAUGAGUAGGCUGUAAAGAACACCCGGCGGCCAGUGGCCCUGUAAGCUGAUGAAUCUCUCUGUGUUUUAAAGUAUUUAUCUUAAGGAUUCUCCGGUCUCUAGCGCCAGUCAUGUUAUCUCCAAAAUGUCACCACACCCUCAGAUGAGGACGCUGGUUUUUGGAGCGUGGGUGGUGUUCUACAUUGCUUUCUUGCUUGCUAUGCGAAGAAUGUGGACAGGGAAAUACGUCCGCAGUCCUCUCGCCAGAGCGCUUAUCAGCAAUAUGGUGUCCGACACGGAGUCGUCGAGUUAUGACCAGGAGUGGUACCGGUGCUGUCCAGAUUUGUUGGGGGAGUCGUUACGGCCACUGUUCGUGCAGAGCCACCUGGACCCGGACACACAGGCUUUCCUGAAGCGGAGCGAGGAGAAGUCCAGCUGGAUGUUCACACAGCUCUACCACUCCUUCUUCUCCACCGUGUUCAGUCCCAUCAUGUCCAGAACAUCCAUCAAUGGCUUCCUGGGUCGUGGUUCCAUGUUCGUGUUCUCCGGUGAUCAGUUCCGCAGCCUGCUCGGCGUGGGAGCGGAGUGGCGAGCGGAACGGCUGCUGGACCUGGGCGCUGGAGACGGGGGCGUGACCGACGUCAUGGGGGCACACUUCAGGGAGAUCUACGCCACGGAGGUCUCCACACCCAUGAAGUGGCAGCUGCAGAGGAAGAACUACAAGCUGUUGGCGAUAGACGAGUGGCAUAGGACUGGUUUCCACUAUGACGUCAUCAGCUGCCUGAAUCUGCUGGACCGUAUCGACCAGCCGCUGGACCUCCUGAGGGACAUCAGACAGGCCCUCGUCCCCGGCACAGGCAGAAUCAUCCUGGCAGCCGUACUCCCCUUCCAACCCUGGAUAGAAUCAGGGGGCAGGUGGGAGCGUCCAAAGCAGCACCUGAAGAUUAAAGGUAAGAGCUGGGAGGAGCAGGUGACUCGCCUGUCCAGCGAGGUGUUCCACCAGGUAGGGCUGGAGGUGGAGGCGGUGACCAGGCUGCCGUACCUGUGCGAAGGAGACAUGUACAAGGACUACUAUGUGCUGGACGACGCCGUGUUCGUCCUCAAGGCUACUCAAGAGAACUGAAGGCAGCUGUCAUGAA